GAAAUGGGCAGUGAGAAGGAGAAGGAGCAGAAUCCAGAACAGCACCUGCCUGAGGAAGGGGAAUGGGGUAAGCCUUGGAGAGUGGAGGACUCGGAGGGUUUUCGGAUCCCAGAUGGAGAGAAGGAGCAUGAGCAAGAGAGCCUGUCAGAAGGUCCACAAGAGAUCCACCCAAAAAAACCGUUGCAGAAAGUCACCGACCCCGCCAGAGAGCCCGGGGGCCCCAUGGCUCACCCAAGGCCCGAGAUCGACGAGAAGCCCUUUAUAUGUGCCCAGUGUGGCAAAACCUUCAAUAAUACCUCCAACCUGAGAACACACCAGCGGAUCCACACCGGCGAGAAACCUUACAAGUGUUCUGAAUGUGGCAAGAGCUUCUCGAGAAGCUCCAAUCGCAUCAGGCACGAGCGGAUCCACCUGGAAGAGAAGCACUACAAAUGUCCCAAGUGUCAGGAGAGCUUUCGGCGACGCUCAGACCUUACCACGCACCAACAAGAUCACCUGGGCAAGCGGCCGUACCGCUGUGACCUCUGUGGCAAGAGCUUCAGCCAGAGUGCCACGCUGGCGGUGCAUCACCGGACGCACCUGGAGCCAGCGCCCUACAUCUGCUGUGAGUGUGGCAAGAGCUUCAGCAACAGCUCCAGCUUCGGCGUGCACCACCGCACGCACACGGGCGAGAGGCCCUAUGAGUGCACCGAGUGUGGGCGGACCUUCAGCGACAUCUCCAACUUUGGAGCACACCAGAGGACCCACAGAGGGGAGAAGCCCUACUGGUGCACUCUGUGUGGGAAACACUUCUCCCGGAGCUCCAACCUUAUCCGCCACCAGAAAACGCACAUGGGAGAGCAGGCUGGGAAAGACACCAGCUGA